CAUCGCCUUCGCCUUCCCCUUCCCUCCCUCGGAGGUCCUCCCCAGCCUCUCUCGCUGGGCGGUGCUGCCCGGAGCGCCAGCGUCCGAGGCUGCAAACCUCGUUUGCGGAAACUUGCUUUCACCCCAUUCAGAGCCAUGCUGCGCGUGAUUGUGGAAUCUGCCAUCAAUAUCCCUAAAACGAAAUUUGGGAAACCGGAUCCUAUUGUUUCUGUUAUUUUUAAGGAUGAGAAAAAGAAAACAAAGAAAAUUGAUAGUGAACUCAACCCUGUCUGGAAUGAGAUUUUGGAGUUUGACUUGAGGGGCAUACCACUCGACUUUUCAUCCUCCCUUGGAAUUGUUGUGAAAGAUUUUGAGACAAUUGGACAAAAUAAAUUAAUUGGCACAGCCACUAUAUCCCUGAAGGACCUGAUCGGCGACCAGAGCAGAUCGCUGCCAUACAAACUGAUCUCCCUGCUAAACGAAAAGGGGCAAGAUACUGGGGCCACCAUUGACUUGGUGAUUGGCUAUGAUCCUCCUUCAACUCCACAUCCAAAUGACUACAGUGGGACCAGCGUGUCAGGCAUGGGAGGAGAGGAGGAGGAAGAUGGAGGUGACGAAGAUGGGUUGGACAGCACGGUCAGGGACCCGGGGCCCAAGGUGUCAGGUCGGACGGCGUCGGAAGCUCAGCUUGCCCGGAGGCUCACGAAAGGGAGGAACACGCGGCGGCUGCUGUCCAACAAGCCACAGGACUUCCAGAUCCGGGUCCGAGUGAUUGAGGGCCGGCAGUUAUGUGGCAACAACAUAAAACCUGUGGUCAAAGUCCACAUUUGUGGCCAGACGCACCGAACAAGAAUCAAGAGAGGGAACAAUCCAUUUUUCGAUGAGUUGUUUUUCUACAAUGUCCACAUAACCCCUUCUGAAUUGAUGGAUGAGAUCGUCAGCAUUCGGGUUUAUAAUUCCCAUUCUUUGCGGGCAGAUUGUCUGAUGGGGGAAUUUAAGAUUGAUGUUGGAUUCAUUUAUGAUGAACCUGGUCACGCUGUCCUGAGAAAGUGGCUUCUUCUCAAUGACCCCGAAGAUGCCAGCUCGGGUGCUAAAGGUUACAUGAAAGUCAGCAUGUUUGUCCUGGGAACCGGAGACGAGCCUCCUGCUGAGAAACCAGAUCGUGAUAAUGACAGUGACGAUGUGGAGAGUAAUUUGUUGCUCCCUGCUGGCAUCGCCCUCCGGUGGGUGACCUUCUUGCUGAAAAUCUACCGAGCAGAGGACAUCCCCCAGAUGGAUGAUGCCUUCUCUCAGACGGUAAAGGAAAUCUUUGGAGGCAAUGCAGAUAAGAAGAACCUAGUGGAUCCCUUUGUAGAAGUUUCCUUUGCUGGAAAAAAGGUUUGCACAAAUAUAAUUGAGAAAAACGCAAACCCUGAGUGGAAUCAAGUCGUUAAUCUCCAGAUCAAGUUUCCGUCAGUGUGUGAAAAAAUAAAACUAACAAUAUAUGACUGGGACCGUCUUACCAAAAAUGAUGUAGUUGGAACAACAUAUCUACAGCUUUCUAAAAUUGCUGCCUCCGGCGGGGAAGUGGAAGAUUUCUCAUCUUCGGGAUCUGGGGCUGCAUCAUAUACAGCAAAUACAGGAGAAACAGAGGUGGGCUUUAUUCCAACAUUUGGACCUUGUUAUCUGAACCUUUACGGAAGCCCCAGAGAAUACACAGGAUUCCCAGACCCCUACGAUGAGCUAAAUACUGGAAAGGGAGAAGGAGUUGCCUACAGAGGUAGAAUCUUGGUUGAACUGAACACUCUUCUUGAAAAGACACCACCAGAGAAAAGGCUUCAGUCCAUUUCAAAUGAUGACCUGCUGGUUGUUGAGAAAUAUCAGCGAAGGCGAAAGUACAGCCUGUCUGCUGUGUUCCAUUCGGCCACCAUGCUGCAAGAUGUUGGCGAGGCCAUUCAGUUUGAAGUCAGCAUUGGGAACUAUGGCAACAAGUUUGACUCAACCUGUAAGCCUUUGGCAUCAACCACUCAGUACAGCCGUGCCAUAUUUGAUGGGAACUACUAUUAUUACCUGCCUUGGGCCCACACAAAGCCAGUUGUUACCCUGACUUCAUAUUGGGAAGAUAUUAGUCAUCGCCUGGAUGCAGUAAACACUCUCUUAGUCAUGGCAGAACGGCUGCAAUCAAACAUAGAGGCUCUAAAAUCAGGGAUACAAGGUAAAAUUCCUGCAAACCAGUUGGCGGAAAUAUGGUUGAAGCUGAUCGAUGAAGUUAUAGAAGACACGAGCUACACGUUGCCUCCAAUGGAAGGAAACCCUAAUGUCACAAUUCUAGAUACUCAGAUCCAAAAGCUGCGGUCCAGAUCUCUCUCCCAGAUUCAUGAGGCAGCUGUGAAGAUGAGGUCUGAGGCCACAGACGUGAAGUCCACAGUGGGGGAAAUCGAGGACUGGCUUGAUAAAUUAAUGCAACUGACGGAAGAGCCUCAGAACAGUAUGCCUGACAUUAUCAUCUGGAUGAUCCGGGGAGAGAAAAGACUGGCCUAUGCACGCAUUCCCGCACAUCAGGUUUUGUACUCCACCAGCGGGGAGACUGCAUCUGGGAAGUACUGUGGGAAGAUCCAGACCAUCUUCCUGAAGUAUCCACAGGAAAAAAGCAAUGGACCAAGGGUGCCUGUGGAGUUGCGAGUGAACAUCUGGCUGGGCUUAAGUGCUGUUGAGAAGAAGUUCAAUAGCUUCGCGGAGGGAACAUUUACUGUCUUUGCUGAAAUGUAUGAAAAUCAAGCUCUUAUGUUUGGAAAAUGGGGCACUUCUGGAUUAGUGGGUCGCCAUAAAUUUUCUGAUGUCACAGGAAAAAUAAAACUCAAGAGGGAGUUCUUUCUGCCUCCAAAGGGCUGGGAAUGGGAAGGAAGCUGGACAGUUGAUCCUGAAAGAAGCUUGCUGACCGAGGCAGAUGCAGGUCAUACGGAGUUCACGGAUGAAGUAUAUCAGAAUGAGAGUCGCUACCCCGGGGGCGAGUGGAAGCCGGCAGAAGACACCUACACUGACGCGAACGGUGACAAAGCGGCAUCACCCAGUGAGCUCACAUGCCCUCCAGGUUGGAAGUGGGAAGACGAUGCCUGGGUAUAUGACAUAAAUCGUGCAGUGGAUGAGAAAGGCUGGGAGUAUGGAAUUACUAUUCCUCCUGAUAAUAAGCCCAAAUCCUGGGUUGCGGCAGAGAAAAUGUAUCAUACUCAUAGGCGACGAAGGCUGGUCCGAAAACGCAAGAAAGAUUCAACACAAUCCACUGCCAGUACUGCAAAGGCCAUGGAAGAAUUUGAAGACCAGGAGGGCUGGGAAUAUGCUUCUUUAAUUGGAUGGAAAUUUCACUGGAAACACCGAAGUUCAGAUACCUUUCGCCGCAGACGCUGGAGGAGAAAAAUGGCUCCUUCAGAAACACAUGGUGCAGCUGCCAUCUUUAAACUUGAAGGUGCUCUUGGUGCAGACACAACUGAGGACGGAGAUGAAAAAAGCGUGGAAAAGCAGAAGCACAGCGCCACCACUGUGUUCGGGGCCAACACUCCCAUUGUUUCCUGUAUUUUUGACAGAGUCUACAUGUACCAUCUGCGCUGCUAUAUCUACCAAGCCAGGAACCUCAUGGCUUUAGACAAGGAUAGCUUUUCAGACCCAUAUGCUCAUGUCUCCUUCCUCCAUCGAAGUAAAACCACGGAGAUCAUCCACUCUACUCUGAAUCCCACAUGGGACCAAACCAUUAUAUUUGAUGAAAUUGAAAUCUAUGGGGAACCCCAAACAGUCCUACAGAACCCACCCAAAGUUGUCAUCGAACUUUUUGACAACGAUCAAGUGGGCAAAGAUGAAUUUUUGGGACGAAGCAUGUGCUCUCCUCUGGUGAAACUAAGCUCAGAAAUGGACAUCAUGCCCAAACUUCUCUGGUACCCAGUAAUGAAUGGAGACAAGACUUGUGGGGACGUCCUUGUAACUGCAGAGCUGAUUCUGAGACACAGGGAUGGCUCCAACCUUCCCAUUCUUCCCUCACAAAGGGCACCAAAUCUAUACAUGGUCCCCCAGGGGAUCCGGCCCGUGGUUCAGCUCACUGCUAUUGAGAUUCUAGCUUGGGGCUUAAGAAAUAUGAAGAACUACCAGAUGGCUUCUGUCACAUCCCCCAGUCUCAUUGUGGAGUGUGGAGGGGAGAGGGUAGAGUCUGUUGUCAUCAAAAACCUUAAGAAGACACCCAACUUUCCGGGCUCUGUUCUCUUCAUGAAAGUGUUCUUGCCCAAAGAGGAACUGUACAUGCCUCCGCUGGUGAUCAAGGUCAUCGAUCACAGGCAAUUUGGACGGAAGCCCAUUGUGGGCCAGUGCACCAUCGACCACCUGGACCGCUUUCGCUGUGACCCGUAUGCAGGGAAGGAGGAUAUUGUGCCACACCUCAAAGCCUCCUUUAUGUCUACCCCACCCUGCCGGGACGUCAUUAUUGAAAUAGAAGACACCAAACCAUUACUGGCUUCGAAGUGCUUAAGCAGUAUGUCAACAGCACUCGGCAAAAUGGUUUCUCCAACGACAGUGCAUCUGACAGAAAAGGAGGAAGAAAUCGUUGACUGGUGGAGUAAAUUUUACGCUUCCACAGGGGAACAUGAGAAAUGUGGACAAUACAUUCAGAAAGGCUAUUCCAAACUCAAGAUAUAUGACUGUGAACUAGAGGAUGUGGCAGAAUUUGAGGGCCUGACAGACUUCUCAAAUACUUUCAAGCUGUAUCGAGGCAAAUCAGACGAGAAUGAAGACCCUUCUGUGGUAGGAGAGUUUAAGGGCUCCUUUAGAAUCUACCCACUGCCGGAUGACCCCAGUGUGCCGCCCCCUCCCAGGCAGUUUCGGGAAUUACCUGACAGCGUCCCACAGGAAUGCACGGUUCGGAUUUACAUUGUUCGAGGCUUAGAGCUCCAGCCCCAGGACAACAAUGGCCUGUGUGACCCGUAUAUAAAAAUAACGCUGGGCAAAAAAGUAAUCGAAGAUCGGGACCACUACAUACCCAACACCCUCAACCCGGUUUUCGGCAGGAUGUAUGAACUGACCUGCUACCUACCUCAAGAAAAAGAUCUGAAAAUCUCUGUCUAUGAUUACGACACCUUUACCCGUGAUGAAAAAGUGGGAGAAACCAUCAUUGACCUGGAAAACCGGUUCCUGUCCCGGUUUGGGUCCCACUGCGGCAUCCCGGAGCAGUACUGCGUUUCUGGAGUGAAUACCUGGCGAGAUCAAUUGAGACCAACACAGCUGCUUAAAAAUGUAGCCAGAUUCAAAGGCUUCCCACCACCCAUCCUCUCCGAAGAUGGAAGUAGAAUCAGAUAUGGAGGACGAGAAUACAGUUUGGAUGAAUUUGAAGCCAACAAAAUCCUGCACCGGCACCUCGGGGCCCCUGACGAGCGCCUUGCCCUUCACAUCCUCAGGACUCAGGGGCUGGUCCCUGAGCAUGUGGAAACAAGGACUCUGCACAGCACCUUCCAGCCCCACAUCUCCCAGGGAAAACUUCAGAUGUGGGUGGAUGUUUUCCCCAAGAGUUUGGGCCCACCAGGCCCUCCUUUCAACAUCACACCCCGGAAAGCCAAGAAAUUCUACCUCCGUGUGAUCAUCUGGAACACCAAGGACGUUAUCUUGGAUGAGAAAAGCAUCACAGGAGAGGAGAUGAGCGACAUCUAUGUCAAAGGCUGGAUUCCUGGCAAUGAAGAAAACAAACAGAAAACAGAUGUCCAUUACAGGUCCUUGGAUGGCGAAGGGAAUUUUAACUGGAGAUUUGUUUUCCCAUUUGACUACCUCCCAGCUGAACAACUGUGUAUCGUGGCUAAAAAAGAGCAUUUCUGGAGUAUCGACCAAACCGAAUUUCGGAUGCCACCCAGACUGAUCAUCCAGAUUUGGGAUAAUGACAAGUUUUCUCUGGAUGACUACUUGGGUUUCCUGGAACUUGAUUUGCAUCGCACCAUCAUUCCAGCAAAAUCAUCCGAGAAAUGCCAUUUGGACAUGAUUCCGGACCUCAAAGCCAUGGACCCCCUUAAAGUGAAAACCGCCUCCCUCUUCGAGCAGAAGUCCAUGCGAGGCUGGUGGCCGUGCUACGCAGACAAAGAGGGCUCCCGGGUGAUGGCGGGGAAAGUGGAGAUGACGUUGGAAAUCCUUAAUGAGAAGGAGGCCGAUGAGAAGCCAGCCGGGAAGGGACGGGAUGAACCCAACAUGAACCCCAAGCUGGACCCACCAAACCGACCGGAAACCUCCUUCCUCUGGUUCACCAACCCGUGUAAGACCAUGAAGUUCAUCGUGUGGCGCCGGUUUAAGUGGGUCAUCAUCGGCCUGCUGUUCCUGCUGGUCCUGCUGCUCUUCGUGGCUGUGCUCCUGUACUCCUUACCGAACUAUUUGUCAAUGAAGAUCGUGAGGCCAAACGCAUAAUAAAAGCCAAAGUUUCUUUGCAAGAGUCAUCAGCAAGGAGGGAGCCCUGUCUGUGUUUCUGGACCAAAAGCAAGAGCGAUUUUGUCUGUGUCUGAGACGACAUUCCAAGGGCAAGUUACACUACUUCACCAAAGCCUGGCAGCUUCCCGGGGGUGCGGGUCCUGGAGGCCAAGCCAACUAGCAACACUUUUAUCUCCUAAAGUAUUAAAACUUUUACCAUGUUUUUCGAAAUAUUUUUCAAGGUGGCUGGUUCCAUUUUAAGAAAUCGUCUUUUUUUGUAUGUGUCCUUAAGUUCUAUAAUUCAAUCUUUGGAAAGUGCUGAAAUAGAAUUUGAAAAUUCCUGCAUCUUGACCUCAUAGUCUUCUUACUUGUAAUCAACAGAAAGGAUUGUGCAUUAUAAGAGCAGAAUAGUUAGACUUAUUCCUUGUUAUGAUAUUUUAUAUGGAUAAAUACCACGAUAUUUUAUAUGGAUAAAUGUUUAUCAACCUCUGUGAUAAACCCAAAUAAAAGCAUUGCACUUUGAACACA